AUGACGAUUAAAUUAUAUUUAAAUUCUAGAUUUGAAAGUGGAAAACCAUUCUAUCUAUACACUGGUAGAGGACCCUCAUCAUCUUCAAUGCAUUUAGGACAUCUAAUACCUUUCACAUUAUGUAAAUGGUUACAAGACGUAUUUAACUGUCCUCUUGUUAUUCAGUUGACAGAUGAUGAAAAAACUUUGUGGAAAGAUCUGAAAGUUGAACAAGCCUAUCAGAUGGCUUUGGAAAAUGCCAAAGAUAUUAUUGCUUGUGGGUUUGACAUAAAUAAAACGUUUAUAUUUUCGGAUUUUACAUAUAUUGGCCAAAGGCCGGAAUUCUAUAGAAACAUGAUCAGAAUUCAAAAAUGUGUCACUUUCAAUCAAGUAAAGGGCAUUUUCGGAUUUGAUGAUAGUUCGGUGAUAGGUAAAAUUGCAUUUCCAGCUGUUCAAGCAACUCCUGCGCUAUCGACGUCGUUUCCAGAUAUUUUCGGAGAUAAGAAAAUUCCUUGCUUGAUUCCAUGUGCCAUUGACCAAGAUCCUUACUUUCGAAUGACCAGAGAUGUAUGUCCUCGAAUAGGUUUUGACAAGCCCGCCUUGGUUCAUUCUAAGUUUUUCCCAGCUUUACAAGGUGCAAAGACAAAAAUGUCUUCAUCUGAAGCGAAUAGUACGAUUUUUAUGAAUGACACACCCAAACAGCUUAAAAACAAAAUAAAUAAACAUGCAUUCUCUGGCGGACAAGCGACAGUCGAGGAGCACAGAAAACUAGGAGGAAACUGUGAUUUAGACAUUUCGUACCAGUAUUUAAGAUUUUUCUUAGAUGAUGAGGCAAAACUCGAGCAAAUCAAGAACGAUUAUACCAGCGGAGCCCUACUCACCGGAGAACUAAAGAAAAUACUUCUAGAUACUUUAACUCCAGUCCUAACAACGCAUCAAGAAAACAGAGCUAAAAUAUCUGAUGAAAUACUACAAACUUUCAUGACACCAAGAAGUUUAUGCUGACUUUAGAUACUUGUUAUUUUUUUUUGACUGUUAGGAAAAUACAUUGCAAAGUGGCUUAAUUUUUUAUCAUAUAAUAAUAUAUUUAUUAUAUAGUGUUUAUUGGGGUCAACUUUUUUAGUUAAUCCUAAGGACUUUUUUCAAAGUUGCUAUUAUCACGAUCAUGAGAAUAAUCCAAAGAUUCAGUUAUCUGAAUCUUUAUACCUGUGUUAAACACAAUGUACUACUAGUAAAGUAUUUGUUAUUUAUUUUAAAUUAUUAUAUUUUUCUUAAUUUAUCAUUAAACUAAUAUUUUUAAUUUA